AUGAAGGAAGGACAAAAAAUGCUGAGUGCCGACAGUGUGCAAGUGGCAGUCCGUGUUCGACCCUUUAACCAGAUGGAGAAAGAUGCGGGAAGCUGUUGCAUUAUUUCCAUGGUUUUAAACAGUAUCACAGUUUGUCAUCCCAGAAAUCGGAACAACACAAAAACCUUUUUAUUUGACCUGUCCUACUGGUCACACAAUGGAUUUAUCAAAAACAAGGAAGGAAUUCUUAUUCCAGAUGGACCUGCGAGCAAAUAUGCAGACCAGAAAAGAGUAUUUGAUGAUCUUGGCCAAGAAAUGCUGAAUAAUGCAUGGAAGGGAUACAACGCCACUCUACUAGCCUAUGGUCAGACGGGCUCAGGAAAGAGCUACUCUAUGAUUGGUUAUGGUCCAGAUAGAGGGAUAAUCCCAUUGACAUGCGAUGGGUUGUUCAAAAUAAUUCAUCAAAAUCAAGAACCUGAUAAACAGUACCAGAUUUAUUUCAGCAUGUUGGAAAUCUACAACGAAAAGGUGGUAGACUUGUUAGCCAAGAGUAAACAGCCUAGAGAUCUAAAAGUGCGAGAAAGUCCCCAAAGGGGCUUCUACGUGGAAAAUCAAAUGUUGGUGCCUUGUGAAAGCUAUGAGCAAAUCCAACAGUUGCUGAAGGAAGGCAAUACAAAGAGAAUCACAAGGUCCACCAGCGUCAACGCGGUCAGCAGUCGUUCACACUUGAUCACCACCAUCCGAUUCAAACAGGUAUUUUUAAAAGACCACCUCACGAAACAGUCUGACAUCAAUUUGGUAGAUUUGGCUGGCAGUGAAAGGCAGAAAUCCUCUGGUUCUGAGGGAGACCGGCUGAGAGAGGGAACUGCUAUCAAUCUCAGCUUAACUACGUUGGGCAACGUCAUCAGUGCUUUAGCAGAAAUAGCCAUGGGGAGGAGGAUGCUGCAUGUGCCAUAUAGAAACUCCACACUGACCAAACUACUGCAAUCAGCUCUGGGAGGAAACAGUAAGACGAGGAUGAUCGCGACAGUCAGUCCAGCUGACAUCUGCUACGAGGAAACGCUUUCAACAUUACGUUACGCUGAAAGGACUAAGAACAUCCAGAACAAGGCGGUGAUAAAUGAAAAUCCAACAGAAAGACUCAUACUGGAGCUGAGGGCAGAGAACGCCAAGCUGCGAUCAACGAUCACUAAGAUUAGAAAUGCUGGACUAAGGGUAGAGGAAGAAAUGAAAGAGUUACGACAGUCACUGGCUGAGAAUGAACGGCAGAUGGCAGAGAUUCAGACUUCUUGGGAGGAGCAACUCGAGAAAGCACAGCAAGAAUGGGAACAGAAAUACAAAACUCUAACCCAGGAAAGGCGUAUGAUUCAGAUGUUCCCCUAUCUGGUGAAUGUCAAUGUGGACCCUCAGCUCUCUGGCUUUGUCCACCUCUUCAUCCAAGAUGGAGAGACUGUCAUUGGACAAUCUGCAAGAUUCCCACAGGCCAUUGUUAUUAAAGGUUUCGGUGUUGCUGAUAAACAUGCCAUCAUCACAAAUCUAGAUAAUAAAGUAACACUGGAGCCGUGUGGACAAGCUAAAUUGAUUUUAAAUGGAGCCCUUCUCCUUACCAAAGUUCCACUUAAACAUUUGGAUAGACUCAUUCUGGGAUCUAACAGCACGUACCUCUACGUAGGAUUUCCUUGUGAGCGGAAUGGUGAGGACAUGAGCAAAUAUGACUAUGACUUCUUCCAGUCAGAGCUGGCAGCAGUAGAAGGUUUUGACAGAGAUGCUCUCGGUCUUUCAAAUAGGAACAAGAAAGUGGACCCGAGUGUGCUUGCUGUGUUCCUCGAUUACAUCAGAGUGAAGCCUCUGGUGGCAGAAGCAAACCAGAUCAGUGAGGAGUUAAGUAAGGAUCUCAAAUUUGAAUUGGAAGUGAAGAACUUGGCAUUAACAGACUCCAGGGGCCAUGACCUGGUGAAGGAGGUGAUAGUGAAGGUGACAAAUAAAACAACUCAUCAGGUAUGGGUCUGGUCAAAAGCUAAGUUUGUGAACAGAAAGUUCAUCAUGGAGGACAUAUAUCAGCAUUUCAUUGAUGGAGAGACCAUUUCUCUGGAUAGAGAGAGUGAUCCAUUCUGGGACCCUAUUGACGCGGUCCAUUUAGGAACUGCCUAUGUCUGGCUUCAAUCUCUCAACUAUUGUAUUCCACUGGAAGAACAUGUGGAGUUUCACAAUUCACAAGGUGAAGAAGAGGCCGUUUUACAGAUGAAUCUGGUGCCAUGCACUCCAACUGGACAACCUCUGAGUGAAGAUGAGAUCCUCAUUGACCCCACAGAGAUGGUAGGCCAGAGGUUGGAUUUUCAAGUUCAGAUUAAGCAAUGCUUGGGAAUCAGAUGGUUGAAGCAGAAUAGCAUGAGAGGAAUUCAGAUUCAGUAUCAUGUACUUAACCAUCCAUGCCCCUUCUGCACCAAACCUAUCUGGAACACUGUUAAUGCAAGAAUUGAUCAAGUAAUGCAAUUCACUGUCAAAAGUGUGUCAGAGGAACUACUGAACUAUCUACAAUAUCAUGCUCUGGUCCUGGAUCUGUGGGGCCUCCAAGUUACUGUCCUAUGUGAUCAGCAUGUUGGUCAAUGCCAAAUAAAAAUAACAGGAUUGUAUUUUGGAUUACGUUUUAUUGGUUUUACAUGUUGUGAAGAGGAUUGCACAGAAAUCAGUUCCCCUUUAGAUGAUAUUGAACUCACUGAUGAAGGCAGCAUAAUUAUUGACUAUGUGAGACCACAACUGCCCAGUACUGUGGAAAUAGACGAUGACCAGCUCUCGGAGCUUUACAUCAAGCUAUCGAAGUUGGAGCAAGAGAUUGAACUUCUGAGAGAUGUCAACAGAACCUUAAGAAAAGACAAUGUCUCCAUUAAGAGCGCUUUAAGGAAAAUGAGUGAUGCCCCAAGGUCCGAUGAGAAGUCUUUCCACCGAAAGAACGCAGAAGCCUUUGGCAGUAAGGGUACACCCAAGGCCAGUUAUGAAGUUGACUUUGCCAAGGCUCUGAAAACAUUUUACCAAAGCAUGAACAGGGUACGGAACCAACUGCUAGGAUUGAGGCGCCAUCGACCACCGGGUGAUGAUGAUGUUGAAACACUGCGAUUGUACCUGGACAACCAAACUCGGAUAAUAAGGGAUUUUGGUGACUCUCUGGAAUUGUGCAUGAACACUCUGAAGAAUGAUGUCAGUCUCAUUGUUAAAAAGAAGAAGGGGCACAACCUGUGGGGUUCUGUGACAGAGUGA